AUGGCGACCACGCCACUAGGCGGUCGCCUCCCUAACGUAAACCGUAAAGGACCAUCUCCGUGCAUCGGUGGUGGUGGUAUUAGUAGUAGUAGUAGUAACAGUAGCAGCGGUGGUAACGUCAGCAACGGCAACACCAGUAACGGUAGCAGCAACAACAACAACAACAACAACGGCUUAAGUAACAACAACGCCAGCGGCGGUCAGUCGAGGAGGCAAGAGAGAGCACUAGUCGGCAGGGAACAUCGCGAUCAUCGUCACCAUCACCAUCACCAUCACCAUCAUCACCAUCAUCACCAUCACCAUCAAGGCCAGCAGCGUGAGUCCAAUAAAGCAAGCACAGUGGCUGCUAACGCCGGUGAACUGGAUCCGGCCGCGACGAAUGCGACCAAUAACUUUGAGUACGACGACAACGAAUGGGACAUUGGCAUAGGUGACCUGAUAAUCGAUCUUGAUGCGGACAUUGAGAAGACGAGGGACGAGAAAUUGAGCUCGGGGACAGGCAUGGCUUCUACGCCUGCCUCGGCAGCAUCGGCACCGAAUAACGCGAAUCAUCAUCAGUUACAAAACUCAGCGAGUGGUCUCAACUCCUCCAACUCCUCGUCCUCGUCCGUCCCGUCGACUGGCACGAACGCCGGCAGUCAAUCGUCGUCGUCCUCGUCAUCGUCGUUGUCGUCGUCCUCCUCAUCAUCCUCAUCGUCAUCGUCCUCCUCUUCCUGCGGCGUCAACUCAUCGUCCGCGCGCUCCAACAGCCCCGGGAGCGGCGGAGGUAGCACGAACGGUACCGGCAGCGCGAACGGCGCAGGUAACGCCAACGGCACCGUGUCUGUGGUCACCGGUCCCGGUAAUAAGCAAGCGUCGGGCGUGAACGUGAGCGGCGUAAACGCCGUCCACGGUAACGCCGGUAAUCCCGGCAAGAUGGCCGUUGAACACUCGGCCACCGUCGACAAGGGCCUCAAGAUGAAGAUCAAGCGAACGAAGCCCGGCACGAAGACCAGCGAGGCUAAGCACGAGAUCGUCAAGUCGAACGAGAUCAACGGCACCGUCUCGUCGCAGGAUUCGAACAACGGCACCGCCGCGUCCUCAACGUCCUCGUCCUCGUCCGUCGGCUCGACGUCCGCGUCGGCCGCGGUCGCACAGAACUCACAGAACUCGGAAUGCGGCGCGGCCGGCGGCGGUCAGUCGUCGUCGUCGAACAAGUCCAAGCCGAGCCACUCGCCGGCGUCGGCCGGCGGCACCGGUGCCGCGCCAUCGUCCACCGCCGGCUCGAAGCGCGGCUCGAGCGGCCAUCGGCGCGACAAGGCGCGGGACAAGCACGACAAGCCGCAGAGCAAUCACACGCCCCAGCAGACCAAGCCGGAGAUGAACGGUACCGCGCGACCCACGCCGCAGGGCCAAAACUCGGCCGGCGGCGCGACGCAGUCUCAGUGCCCAACGCCGGCCGCCACGGCGCCGCAACAGACCCAGGGACCACCGCCCAACUCGAGGACAGGUUUCUCCGUGUCACAGGGCCCCGGGCCACCCGCGACCAGCGCGGCGGCACCCUGUCCGCCGCCGAGUCCGGCGAGCGCCACGGCGGCCGGCGCGGCGGCCAAACCGGAACAGACCAAGGUCGCCGCGGUGCCGGGUCCACCGCUCACGACACCCGCCGAGGAAGCAAUGGACACUGCCGCUAGUCCUCCGCCCGCGAAAAAGAUUAAGACGGAACCAAAGGACAUGUCCGACGUGUGCGUUGGGACCAGCGUGGGGACCAUUACGGAGCCGGAGUGUUUGGGGCCCUGCGAGCCCGGCACCUCCGUCACCCUCGAGGGCAUCGUUUGGCACGAGACCGAAGGAGGUGUACUAGUAGUGAAUGUUACGUGGCGGGGUAAGACGUACGUCGGGACGUUGCUGGACUGUACGCGCCACGACUGGGCGCCACCACGUUUCUGCGACUCGCCGACCAGCGAUCUGGACGCCCGCACGCCUAAGGGUCGCGGUAAGCGCGGCCGCGCCGCGGCCAACUCCACGCCCGGCAACGACCUGAGCAACUUCACGGAGACGAGGAGUUCCGUGCACAGUAAGCUGCGCAACGGCGGCAAGGGUCGUCGGGGCGCGCAAGGUUCACCGGCGGCCAGUCCGAGCCCGGCGGCGUUUGUGCCGCCGCGGCCGGAUCCGGCGGCGAAGCGGAAGUCACGCGGACCCGAGGAGGAUCAGCAGGACAAGAACAAACGGCGGGCGCCGCCGCCGACGCCGCCCAGUGGUUCGCCACCCGCUAGUCCAGUAUUGCUCGAGUGUCCCGAGCCGAACUGUAGUAAAAAGUACAAACACAUCAACGGACUCAAGUAUCAUCAGAGCCACGCGCACGGUUCUGCCGACGAUGAUGACACCAAGGAGGGUAUCACCAGCAUGUCGGAGAACGACGAGAGCAAUAUCGAGGCGCCGAGUCCCGCCACGCCGGUGAAAUCGCCGGCGGAUAAGCCCGAGGGCACGCCGGUGAGAGCGGCGAGUCCACCGGCGGCGGGACUGCCACCGGAAACGCCACCGCCGCCCCCGCGGGUCCCGUCGCCCAGCAUAGAACCGCCCACGCCUGUGCUUGCGGACAAGAGUAUCGUCAAACCGGGCGUGCUCAGGUUCGGUCAGGACGAUCUUCCGGCGCCUACUUCCACGGCGCCAUCGAGGCAGCAGCAGCAGCAGCAGCAGCAGCAAUCUGUGCAGCAGCAGCAGCAGCAAUCUGUGCAACAGCAGCAGCAGCAGCAGCAGCAGCAACAGACUCAGUCGUCUUUAGGCUCAUCGAACCCACCCCAGAGUCCCAGUCCUCAUCCCAGUCAGUCGCCCAGGCCCGUGCCUUCGCCGCAUCCGAGCACGAAUAUUCCCCAGCCCCUCAACAUACCGCAGCCACCGCAGCCGUCUCAGAUGCAGCAGUCGCAUCAGUCGCAGAAUCCUCUUCUGCAACAACCACAGCAGUCGUUGCAGCAAGUCGGCCAACCGCCGCCGCAGCAGCUACAGCCUGGCGUUGGCAGUCAGCAGCAGCAGCAGCAGCAGCAGCAGCAGCAACUGCAGUCGGUUCAGCAACAGCUACCGCCGGCGCAUCAGUUGCAAUCGGUGCCGCAUCCCCUGUCGGCUCAGCUGGGUCAGCCCGCGCAGGCACACGUGGUGCAGUCGUCCGGGUUACAGCAACAGGCCAGUCUGCAAAGCAUAGCCAGUCAGCAUGCGGGUUUGCAGAAUCUUACGAGCCAGGUGUCGCAGCAGACGGGUCUACCGCCGCCGCCGGGACAUCCAGGCCAGGGUGUACAAUCGCACUUGCAACAGUACCCGACCGCGGUGUCGCUGCACGCCGCUGCGGCGAAGAUGCCGCAGUUCAAGGUGAAACCUACGGCCGCGCUGAUGCCGGAGCAAGACAAGAGCAAAACGAGCGCGGACGCGCGCGCACCCAAGCCGCAGGGCUACAAGAAGAAGUCGCGAAAAUCGCCCGGCGGCAGCCCGCAUCCGUCGCCCCUCGAGGCGCCGAUCGUCGAUUCGGCGCGCGAUGACGUACAAAGCCCGGCCUACUCGGACAUAUCGGACGACGCGGCACCGGUGCUCGAGGCCGAGCCGGUGGACAAGUCCAAGCAAAGUCAGGAGAAGGACAACAAGGCCACGGCGCCGGCGCAUCUGACCCCGCAUUUCAGUAUGUACCAGUACUACAGUCAGCCGCCUUACCUGGUGUCCAACGUUACGGACAGUAAGCCGGUGGUAGAUCAGAAGCCGAGCGAUCUUACGCCCAAGCCGGAGAUGAAACCGCUCAACAUACCGCAGAUGCCUUCGAUGGCGAGCUUGCAGAGCGUCGUGUCGGAAAAAGAGAAGAAGGAGCUGAGCCAACCUGUACCGCAGCCGCAGCAGCAGCCGCACUACUAUGGCGGUUACGGUGGUUAUAUGCCGCCGAGCUAUGCGGCCUACCAGCCACCGCAGCCAGUCUCGCAGCAGCAGCAACAGAGUCAGCAGUCGCAGGAUCAGGAGUCGCACGAACAGAAGGUUAAGAUCAAGCAGGAGCCACAGCCGCAGCCGAGUCUGAAGGACAAGCAGCAUGAAAAUCAUCAGAUACUCAAGGAGAGCAUCGAGAUGAAGAGUCAGAUGAGUCCGUACCACGUGUACCACAGCUCGCAGAGUCAACGAGCGGCACCGCCGCCGCCACCUCCGGGACCUGUUCAAGACGACAGGAGGUAUUAUUUGUAUCCUAGUGAACAAAGGAGAAAAGAGGAAUCGAGCAAACAGAGUCAACAGGCAAAGGCGCCACCGCCCAGUCCGAAGCACCAGCCGAAGCAGGAGAAACCGCAGGAUCUCGGAAAGAGCGAGGACUCGAAGAGCAAGCAGGAGGGCGUGAAGCCGACGAUGGAGACUCAGGGACCGCCGCCACCGCCUACCUCGCAGUACGCUUACAUUCAUCCCAGUUACAUGCAGCCGCAGCACUACGGAGCGCUGCCAUUCGAUCCGGGCCAUCCGGUCUACCGCGGCCUCAGUCCUAUGCUGGUGCCCGGUCCGUAUUCGAGUAACCCCUAUCUCCACCAGCUGCCUAGGUAUCACGCGCCGGAGGACCUCAGUCGGCCGCCCGGCGGCAAAGCGCUGGACCUGCUUCAACACCACGCCAAUCAGUAUUACUCGGCGCACAAGAUACACGAGCUUCAGGAGCGCGCGCUCAAGUCGCCGACGCCCAAGACGUCCGCGGCGUCCGCCAGCCCGUCUUCGGCAGGCCCAACCCCCGCCCGGCCCCCUAGCGGCCCGCCUACGUCGGUUGCGGGCCCGGGCCCACCGCCGGGUCAGGGUCAGCAGCCGUCCGGCAAGCAACAGGGUCAACCGGGUAGUCAGCAGCAGCAGCAAGGUGCGGUGGAUGCCAGCGGUGGCAGCCUUGGCAAGGACAACAGAUCGCCGCCUCCGCAGCGACACGUGCACACACAUCAUCACACUCACGUGGGCCUGGGGUAUCCCCUAUUGACGGGACAGUACCCCGCCCCCUACGGAGCGGCAGUGCUGGCGAGUCAGCAGGCCGCCGCGGUAGCCGCCUCGGUGAUCUCGCCAUUCCCGCCCAAGUGA